CCGGUCUUGUUUCUGGGAUUAUUGACAUUGUGGUAUGGAACUUUUUCUCCCCACUUCUAUGCUCUUAUAAUCGCACUUCUAGAGCGGAGGGCAAGGCCAGCACCUCGCAUCUCUUGCCCUCGAUCCUUCGACAUAUAACUCCACCAAUAAUACGUCUACCAACUCGACCAGUAGUAGCGGUUCCUUCCCUCUCAAUGCGUCGAGCACAAACGGGACGCAGUUCUACUUGGUCGACGCUAACGACAGCUCAUUCAGCGACCCUGCAAACACGACGAAACACGUCAUGGUUCAAACUGAUAUCUUGGAUUCCCUCUACUGCGCGACUUUUGACCCGAACCCGUCUGGGCCUGAGCCAAUGGUGAUGGAGAAGUGCCGUCCGUCGGAAUCCGAAAAUGACGUCAAAAACUUGGAUUACUCAUAUGCCAACGGUAUGGCGCCUAUCGUCGACUACACCAUAUUGGCUGCGGAUCCACACAAAAGCCAGAUCUUCGAGUACAAUCCCUCUACUGGUGUCAUCAAGCCAGUGUGGACGAACAGUGACAGCAGCACUUCCUCGCAUGCGAUGUUUGUUGAGCGGGACACUACGACUUCUUCCACCACAGGCUCCAACACGAUGACAUCCGCCGGAUCUAGUACCGCCAGCUCCACGUAUGCGCCUCGGCCCACCACUUCAUCGUCCGUGCCGGAAGCACAGAACGUGACUCUUGUGUUCCGGCCUUCCAGUCUUGCGGUCUCUGCACCUCCGCCUUCUACCAAUGUCGCUGACUCGAGCGCGGGCGAUGUGGUAACGACGACGAUUACCACGACGGUCGUCUACACCGCCACUGCAACUCCGUCUUCAUCUUCGUCUUCCGCUGCUGGAAGCCCUAUGGCCGCUAUCGCUGCACUUACAAUGACAUCUUCAUCAUGUUCGUCAAUGCCAGUAGCAUGCAAUUCGACAUCCACACCCUCUCCUGCUGUCCACGCUGCUGCUGCUGCUGCUGCUGCAGCUUCAAGCGCGGGGUCGCCUUCUUCGCAAGCAACUUCCACGGGCUCCACCAGGUCCACCACCAUCCAAGCUACAUCGUCAUCGACGCCACCUUCUCCUUCUGUCUACGCUGCCAUUGUUGCCUCAAGCCCGGGGUCGUCAUCUUCUGAGGCAACCUCCACGAACUCGGCGACCGGCACCCAAGUGACAUCACUAUCGAUGCCGCCCCCUCCAUCUGUCCACGCUGCUAUUGUCGCUUCAAUCCCAGGAUCGUCAUCUUCUCAAGCAACAUCCAUGGGCUCGACGACUACCACUCAGGUGACAUCGACCUCGCAGCCCGUGAGGGGCUCACUAGAAAUCGAGUUCGUCCCGAUUGCAGAUUCACCGUCUUCUGCGUCCAUCACUUCAUCUUCCCCGCCAUCCUCUUCUUCCUCUCCCACUUCACCUUCAUCAUCAUCCGUAACACCCAGCCGGAUGAACGCGGCUGCAAUCGCUUCGAUAAUUGCUAACUCCCGUUCUAGUGCUUCGACGAUGAGCGACACUAACACAAGCAGUUCUUCUGUUAGUACAACAGUUGCACCGGCAACCACCGCAAAGUAGGUGGGUAGUCAUAUCUGAAGCUCGCUUAGAUAAGUAGUCUUCAGACUGUAGUUAUAUCAAUGCAAUGGAUAGAUUGUUAUAUGAAUUACAAGAGAGCAAAUAAGAUGUGUUUUUUGGAACUCGC